AUGGCUGACAAUUCAAGAAAACACGAAGUGGUUGAGUUUGAAUCUAGAAGAAAGGUGCCGAAGUCUCUAGAAUGCACGGUUCAUCAUGUAAAACGAUGUGAGUUUUUCUGCGAUGAUUGUCAGAUCCCUAUAUGCGUAGAUUGCGUUACAGGUAAGCACAGGCAUCACUCUUUUUUGAGUCUUGAUGAAGUCCUGAAGAAUCGUAGGCAGCAAAUUUUUGAUGAUACUGCAGAACUUCGUGAUAUCAUAAUCCUAAUGUACAACAAUAUCGAUGAGGCGUCAUCAGUUGCCAAGUUUGAUACAUUUAUAGAUGUAAUAAGAGAUGAAGAAGAAAAAUUAAGCAUGGUUGUGCGCGAAAUAGGAAAUAAAUCGGUUGUUGAAAUUAACAAAAAGAAACAAGAAAGAGAGCUGAUAAAUAACGACUUCUUAGCCUUGAUAGCCGACACUAAAGAAAAGCUUUAUGAACUGAUUGAAAAAAACAACAACGUCCUCUGUUCCAGUGAUGCCACGGCACUUUUGGGAUAUGAGACAAAGAACCAAAACUUCCGUUCAGUUCCAGAGCCAAAAAGUAACUGUCCAACGUUUCAACCUGGAUUUGUUGGUGUAGAUGCACUUCUGACAAUUUUUUGUUUCAUGCACAAUGUAUCUGUUCAUAGUAUUCAAAGUCCGUAUGCCGAUUUUGGAAACUUCUCCAAGCUUGAAAAUUUGCAUUGCAUCGGAUCAGAGAUAUGGCUUAGCGGAAGUAAUCGUCUAGUCCAGAGAAUCAACAGAAUUGGGACUGUUCUACAUAAAAUUAGCACAGUCUUUUAG